AUGACCUGUGUCGACUCCUUCGACACAUCCUUUGCUGGUGCUGGUGAUGAUGACAUUUUUACCACACCUUUGCCUUCACCUUUGCAGGCUCAACCACCUUCCUCCACUGCUGGUGGCUUGGAUGUCUUUGAUUCCACCUCUUUUCAAUCUUCAGCCCAGCUCUCUCCAAGCACCAAGCACAAGCAAGGUGCCCUUGAUCACAAGUGCAACACACUUGCUGAAGCUUUCUAUCAUUCUUCCAUUGAUACCCUUCAGAUCCACCUGCAGCUUGAACAGGAAUGCACCAGACAUGAGAAAAUACUGGAGGCUGAGCAUACCAAGCACAAGGAGAUGUGCCUGCAUCAUGAGAGGGAGGAGAAAGAGCACAAUGAACAUGUUCGCACAUGUGAUCAUGAAAUGGUGAUGGAGAUGGUGCACCUCCUUGCUUCUCAGGCCAGCAUUGAACAGGAUGCUCAUCAGAACACCAGCAACAACAACAACAACACAGACUCUUCAUUCAAUCUUCCUGUCUUGUAG